CGGAUGUGUGCUCCCCGCCCAGCGCAGUGAGUCAGCAGGGAGAGUGCUGGGGGCUGCAGGCGCAUGCUGGGACGCUCACUUGUCAUCGUCACAUCUCAGUGCUGCCGGGUGAGGCACCCCCCAGGCUGGGACAGAGAGAGCCAAAGCCUGGAAGAAGCUGCCCCCUGCACGGAGCUAUGCGGGACUGGUGCUAACGCUGACUUGGGAUCAGGGCUGGAAACCUCCAGUGGCUCCUGUGCAUGUUGGACAUGCCUGCCCCUUCCUUCCUUUCUUGGGGAUCUGCAGCUACCCAGGAAGGCUCCUGUUCAUCUCGUAAGAGCAGGAAAACUGCAACAGUGCCCAGGUGCCUACGGGCAGUGACCCUGAACACCACACAUGGGUCCCUUCCCAUGGAACGGACCCACUGAAGUUCUGCAGGGAAGAGCUGGUGAAGUGAAGGAUGCUGCACCGGAGGAAGCUGUGGGCUGCUACAGUCCUGUGCAUGAUGCUUGUCCUGUGGCAGGUUCAUCAGUCCUUGUACCCAGGGCAUUCUGCCUCUUCCUGGAGCCUUGGACACAUGCUGUGGCCUCUGUCUGUCUCAGAGGCCAAGCCCUGUGGCUGUGCCAGCUGUAUUGUGGAGCUCAGCAGCUCAGCCUGGUUUAACAAACGGUAUGACUCAGCGAUAAAUCCACUGCUGACGGUGCACACCUCCAAGAUCGCCCCAGACGUUCUGUUGUGGUGGCUGGAGCUGCAGGGCUCUCAGAGCAGUGCCCAGCUCCAGGGAAUAAUCCAGCAAAUGUUUGACAUUCUCCCAUCCCCAACGGUGGACGCUCGCGCCCCCUCCCGCUGCAGGACGUGUGCGGUGGUGGGGAACUCCGGCCGCCUGCGGGGCUCCCGCCACGGGCGAGAGAUCGACUCCCACCAGUGGGUUCUGAGGAUGAACAGGGCGCAGACUGCUGGGUUUGAGGAGGAUGUCGGCACGAGGACAACGCACCGCUUUAUGUACCCAGAGAGUGCUGUGGACCUCCAGCCUGGGGUCCACCUGGUGCUGGUCCCCUUUAAACCUCUGGACCUGAAAUGGGUGACCAGUGCCUUCUCCACGGGGGAGCUGCGCUACACGUACACAAGAGUCAAACAGUUCAUUGAAGCUGACAGAAGCAAGGUGCUAAUCUUGAACCCUGCCUUUCUCAAAUACAUCCAUGACAAGUGGACACAGCACCAUGGGAGGUAUCCAUCCACUGGCUUCACAGCACUGCUCUUUGCCUUGCACACCUGUGAUCAGGUGGCAGUGUUUGGGUACGGUGCAGACAGCUAUGGAAACUGGCACCACUACUGGGAAGAGAACCGUCACCCUGGAGCCUUCCGCAAGACCGGCGUGCACAGCGCUGACUUCGAACUCACCCUCAUCAAGAAACUGGCAGGCGAAGGCAAAAUCUCCUUUUAUAACUAGCUAAGGGGGCUGCUCCAGGGCCUCUUCAGCCUCUGAUACCCUAACGCCAUCCCCCAGACAGGCAGCGCUUCCUCCUGUGGGAGCUCCGCUAUCCACACCCAACCCUACUGGCUCAGAGAGUAGGACUGUUCAGCGUUGCAGCAGAACCAAGUACUCAUCAAAACUAGAUUCUGACCAUGCUGCCCCAUUCCUCUCACUUUUCUUCGCUGAGAGGGGACGCUCUGGAGUGGGGUGUCUGGCUAUCCUAGUAGUCAGCCCCUCCCCACCCCCCCCGUCAUCACUCAGCAAUGGCUUUACUCUCUCAACACCCCGAGAGGUUGGCCAGCUGGGGAACUUGCCCAAAGCCGCCCAGGAAGGCUGCGGCAGAGCAGGGGCGUUGCGGUGUGUGGUGUUGCCCAGUGCACAGCCGCACAUUGCUGCAACUUUUCGGAGCACCUAUGACCUACUGGCUGGUUACUUUGAAUAUGAAUGAGAGAAGAGAAGCUGAAGAGCCGUUCACUGGGGGGCACAAGGUUUUACAGGGAGCCCCAGGGACAGCUGUGUGCACAGUAAGCCACUAAAGGAAGACAUGUGAGGUCUUUACCGAGAGCCAAAACCCCCCUCGGCAUCAGCACUGUGCCACAUAUGGCUGCUGGGUAACAUUUAAGGCAUUUUGUAUUGUGAUAGACCCAGGCCAGUUGGGACCAGCAGAGUAGUAGAAGGGAGAUAUACUGGCCACUGGAUAAGCAGUUUUCUGUUCCCUGAGUGACCAGAGCAGGAGCUGCUCCAGGCUAAUGAGAACACCUGAUUGCAAUUAACCUGCUAAGAGUCAGGUGAGGUUGUUAAGAACCUAACUCUAAUUAAGGCCCCUCUGAUGCUAUAAAAGGGCUCACUCCCCUCAGGCCAGAGGGAGCUGGAGAAGAGGAAGUGUGUGAGGAACUGGGAGCAAGAGGUAUGCAAGAAGCUGAGAGUGAGUAGGCAUACUGCUGGAGGACUGAGAAGUACAAGCAUUAUCAGUCAUCAGGAGGAAGGUCUGGUGGUGAGGACAAAGGAGGUGUUGGGAGAAGGCCAUGGGGAAGUAGCCCAGGGAGUUGUAGCUGUCAUAGAACUGUACCAGGAGGCACUCUAGACAGCUGCAAUCCACAGGACCCUGGACUGGAACUUGGAGUAGAGGUUGUGCCUGGGUUCCCCCCAAACCUCCCAACUCCUGAUCAAACACAGGAGGAAUUGUCCUGACUGUGGCUUCUACCAAAGGGGAAGGUCUCUGGGCUGUUUCCUGAACCACAGGGUAAAUCUGUGAGGUGAGCAAAUCUGCCAAUAAGCGCAGGACCCACCAAGGUAGAGGAGGAACUUUGUCACAGUAUCCAUGCUGGAAAUGAGCAUCUUAAAGCCUUGCAGUGAAAGCAGGUCCCCAGAAGAUGACACCUCAGACAGGUGGGGGAGGGGAGGGUAGACUGUUCCCUGUCUAGUAUUUGGCUGUUGUGUACUGUGUGCCUCACCAAGUGAUGCCUCUUUGCCUACUAAGCCAGAUGCCAAUUAAGGGAUUACAAAAUCUACAAGAAGGAAGUAUCCAGAGUAAAACCAACAACAGGAUGGCUGUGGGGUUGGGGGGGAGCUGCUUAAGGCCAAUGGAUUUUUUGGAUCUAUUGGGCGGUGCAGACACAUGGCUAUGAUCCUUCACCAGAUACGUGUCUCAUGAAGAAGGCUCAGAGCCAGGCCCAGCUCAAUGACACUGGAAGGCCGUUGGGUGAGCAUCGCUCCAUAAGGCAGGAGUGUAAUUAGUUACGUAACGCUAGGGUCCAGCUAGGGCUGUCAAUUAAUUGCAGUUAACUCAAGCGAUUAACACAAAACAAAUUAACUAGAUUAAAACACAAGUUGCGAUAAAUUGCCAUUUGAAUUGCACCAUUAAACUAUAAUAAAAUACCAAUUGAAAUUUAUUAUAAAUAUUUUUGGAUGUUUUUCUACAUUUUCAAAUAUAUUGAUUUCACUUACAAAACAGAAUACAAGUGCAAAGUGCUCACUUUGUUAUUAUUUUUAUUAAAAAUAUUUGCACUGUAAACCAGAUAAGCAAAAGAAACAGUAUUUUUCAGUUCACCUCAUACAAGUUCUGUAGUGAACUCUCUUUAUUGUGAAAGUGCAACUUACAAAUGUAGACUUUUUUUACAUAACUGCACUCACAAAUAAAACAAUGUAAAACUUUAGAGCCGACAAGUCCACUCAGUCCUCCUUCUUGUUCAGCCAAUCACUCAGACAAACAAGUUUGUUUACAUUUAUUCUUAUAUACAAUGUCAGUCGAAAGUGAGAAAAGGUGUUUGCAUGGCAUCGUUAUAGCUGGCAUUGCAAGGUAUUUACGUGCCACAUAUGCUGAACAGUCGACUGGCCCUUCAUGCGUCAACUUGUAGGCCCUAAAGUUUUACAUUGUUUUGUUUUUGAGUAGUUAUGUAAAAAAAUGUAAUUCAACAUUUGUAAGUUGUAUUUGCAUGAUAAAGUGAUUGCACUACAGAACCUGUAUGAGGUGAAUUGAAAAAUACUAUUUAUUUUGUUUCUUUUUACAGGGCAAAUAUUUGUAAUAAUAAUAUAAAGUGAGCACUGUACACUUUGUAUUCUGUGUUAUAGCUGAAAUGAAUAUAAUUGAAAAUGUAGAAAAAUAUCCAAACAUUUAUUAUAUAUAUUUCAAUUGGCAUUCUCUUACCAGUGUGAUUAUAACUGUAAUUGUGACUAGAUCUUUUUAUUCCCACAAUUUAUUUUUUUUUAACUCAGAUGAGAUCUUUAGUUCUAGAUUGCAGGUUGUAAUAAAUGAAGGAUGGAGGGUAGCUCCCUCUUAUGGACACCCAGCUAACCAGUAGCUAAAAUCCCUCUUAGUAGCUGGUCUCUGCUUGCUCUACAUGUAAAGGGUUAAAAAAUCUCUCUGUGAUAUACAGGUCAAAGGAAGUGAGAGGGCACCUGGCCAAAAGAGCCAAUGGAAAAGCUAAAACUUUUAAAAAUGAAAACAAGACAACCCUUUUGUUUGUCUGUUGUUCUCCCGGAGAGAGGUGAACAGGGCAACAUCUAUGCUGUAAGAAGCUUGGGGCCAGGUAUGAAAAAUCCUCAGUAUGACACCUAGAAACUACUCAUUUAAAACCCUAGAUAUGUAAGUAGAACAGGAAAUGUCUAGGAAGACAUGAUUAGGUUUAUCUUUUUAUUUCUUUAUGGCUUGUGGAUUUCUGUGUGCUAACUGCACGUGCUUUUGUUUUGCUUGUAACCUUUAAGAUAGACCUCAAGAAAGUUAUUCUUGAAGCCUAAUCCUUGUAGUUUUUUUUUUAAUCUAACAAAAGCCUAAAUUUCCAGAUGUAUUUUUUUUAAUUAAUACAAUUUACCUUUUUUUUUUCUUUCUCAGGUCUUCCCGGGGGGCGGGGGUGAAAGGGCUUGAGGGUAUCCCACAGGAAGGAAUUCCCAAGUGCGCCUUCCUGGGCUCUCAAAGGGGUUCUGCACUUGGGUGGUGGCAGCAUCUACCAAUCCAAGGUCAGAGAGAAGCUGUAACCUUGGGAGUUUAAUACCAGCCUGGAGUAGCCAGGAUUAAUUCUUAGAAUCCUUGCGGGCUCCACCUUCUGCACAUGGAGUGCCAGAGUGGGGAAUCAGCCUUGACAUGGUGGCAACAGUGGGCUCAUUUUGAACCAGAAGCACAGACCUCAGGAUUUUUAAAGGACACAUUUUUCCUUUUGGCAGCCUGCAAAGCCAGGGAGGGUAUUUUUUCUUUUCUUUUCUGCCUAAGGGGGAACAGGCACACAAAGGGUUCAGCCUUCAAAGCCAGGGAGUCCAGGAAGCAGUUUAUUUUUUUCCCUAGUUUCAUGGCAACGAAAUACCUAGGCUAGAGUAGAGCAGCCCUGUGCAUGAGGUGGCAGUCAGAACAACCCUAGAACAACUCAUUCUCCUGUCAAAGUUAGACUCAGGACUCUCAGUUUGUCAGACCACUCUGUUUUAUUAGCACAGCGCUCUGCUAAUAACACCCAGAUAAUGUGAGCACCAUGCAAGACACAAACUAUCUUAUUUAUACAGAUAAAAGGGCGAGCACUUAACAAGGUAACAAAGGAAGCAGAAUCUGAUAAGUUUACCUGGGCUAGGCAUGCAUAUCUUAUUUCCUUACUAACUAUUACCGAUCUUCUGUUAAUGUUUUGCCAUUAGCAACCUUGUUUAUGCCUAAUGUUUCUUUUCCUGGCACCUGUUUUUCAACAUUUUUUAUUUCUGCUUAAAGAUACAUACAACAUUUCUUUAAUCCAUUCUUAUUUUUACAAUAUAAUUCAUUCUACUUUCACACUCCCAAAGUGACAUGGCAAGGAGAAAACAGACCCAGAUCAAGGCCAGACAUCCAGCUCCAUGACAGAAAUGCAGGCAGGGGAUGGGGGCCCGGCCAUUUCCCAGGAGGGAAGGGUCAGCCCUCCCCAACCCAAGAUCUUGGUGCCAGGAUGGAGGAAUCCCUUUAACCUAGACCAAGUUCCAGCUGCAGAAGUGUGACGUUAUGAGUGUAAUAUACUAUCUCACUGAAAGGUGACAGGGCCAGAAAAAGUUAAUUAACUCACAGACUGACAUGACCCAUGGUCGAACUUUAAAGACUUGUUAGGAAGAUAUGUAAAUAAAUAGAGCUUUGAAACGCAGCCUGCAUUGUUAGAGAUAGAAGGGUAGAUGUUUGCUUAGGUCUUGUGCUAUUACUAUGGCUUUUAUUCAAAGAUUUAAAAAAAAAGUAUCAAUAUUUUGGAAGACACUUGAGUGAAAUAGUAUUGUUGUCUAUAUGUCUCUUUGAAGGUUGUGGUAACCUGUAUCUGAACUGUUUAAUGGAUACAUUACCCUGUGCUAAUUGUCAUAAUGUUUGGGAGAAGGAAAGUUAAGCCUAUUGUUUUCUCAGGCCAAAAGGCUGCUGGAAAUGUAUAAAAACCCUGGGACACGAUCCGUCAUCAUCUCAGAUCUGCUUUGGCUUUCAAGAAGGGGAAACCUAAGCCAUAAGAAUUGAGAUCCCCUGAAUAUGGACUAUAAGCUAUGAACUAUUUCUAAAAGGACUUUUGGCAAUUACAAACUCAUCUCUGCUAUGUAUCUGAACCUCAGUAAUUGAUUUCAGGUCUGUAUGUAUAUUGAUCUUUUAACCAACACUCUCUCUCUCUUUCCUUUUUAAAUAAAUUUUAGUUCAGUUAACAAGAA